UCGCCUACCCCAACCAGACAUCAUUAAUAUAUCUCCUAAACUGCCAAACCCACACCUUAACUCUGCAAUAAAUUGUACUGAUAUUUUUAGGUCCUAGCCCCAUUUCUGGGAUCUCAUUCGAGUUUCCUAUAGGUUACCUUGGUUCUUUGCUCCUGCAUUUUUUAGUGCAGUCGUUGGCAAAUCCAAGAAUUUUCGUCGCUUGCGGUAUUUGUGGAGUGGGUCUUCUCUCUUUGGCUCUCAAAGAUGAAGGUCACUGUCGUUUCACGGAGUGGUAGAGAAGUUAUCAAGGGUGGCCUUGAGCUCAGCGAUUCAGCUACGGUAGCAGAUUUGCAGGAGGCGAUUCAUCAACGAACCAGAAAGUUCUACCCUUCGAGACAGCGGUUAACCCUCCCCCUCCCUCCAGGAUCAAAGGAGCGGCCUGUUGUUCUUAGCUACAAGAAAAGUCUGAAGGACUAUUGUGAUGGAAACUUGGACCACUUGACUGUAGUAUUCAAGGACUUGGGCCCUCAAGUUUCCUAUCCUAUACUUUUCUUCUGGGAAUAUGUGGGUCCUUUGGUCCUUUAUCCCAUCUUUUACUACUUCCCUGUCUACCGGUACUUUGGCUAUAAAGGGGAGCGAGUCAUCCACCCAGUUCAGACAUAUGCUUUAUACUACUGGUGUUUCCACUACUUCAAACGAAUUAUGGAAACAUUUUUUGUGCAUCGGUUCAGCCAUGCAACCUCACCACUCUCCAAUGUGUUUCGUAACUGUGCAUAUUAUUGGUCCUUUGGCUCUUAUAUUGCUUACUGUGUGAACCACCCACUUUAUACCCCUGUUAGUGACCUCCAAAUGAAGAUUGGGUUUGGAUUUGGACUAUUUUGCCAAAUCUCGAAUUUCUAUUGCCAUAUGUUGCUGAGGAAUCUUCGCAGCCCUGCUGGGAAUGGAGGUUAUCAGAUUCCCCAUGGUUUUCUGUUCAACAUUGUGACAUGUGCAAAUUACACAACAGAGAUUUAUCAGUGGUUGGGUUUCAACAUUGCAACGCAGACAGUUGCAGGUUAUAGUUUUCUUAUUGUUGCUGCUCUUAUCAUGACCAAUUGGGCCCUUGCAAAACACCGCCGUUUAAAGAAGCUAUUUGAUGGCAAAGAUGGAAGACCCAGGUAUCCACGGAGAUGGGUAAUACUACCCCCAUUCCUGUAAAAGUGACUAGUCAUAUUGCCUCUUGUUGCUCUCUUUGGUGCCAAUAUUAUGUUCAGCAGCAGGAAUUCAAGAUUUUAAGAGCUUCAUUCUUAUCAGACAUGAACUUCAAGACAUCUAUGCCCCUUUAAUUUGAACUACCUGACUUCCCGAUGAUAAUCCCAAUUUAUCUUUUUCUUGUUCUCUGUCUCCUGUCAGUAUGUCAUAGUAUUUGAUUUAACUUUUUAUUGGAUUGGCCUCCUGAGUAUUUUUUUUCCCCUA